AUGAGGAAAAAGUCGUAUCUUUCUUUCUCUGAAGGAAGGUAGAAAGAAUGGAGCAAUAAUAAUAAAAACAGAACCUUUUUUGUUUGCGUUUGAAGAAGAAGAAGAAGAAGAUGGAUGCGAUAGCAGGCAAAGUUGGAUCCUAUUGGUUCAAUCAAAAGGCCAAGGGGGAACUUAGUUCCGUUGGUAAUGACAUCAACUCAUUGCAAAGCAGUAUUGAAGGAGGAGCAAAAUGGUUGGUUAACAAAGUAAAAGGAUCGGUUCAAAAGCCAUUGCCGGAAUUGCUAAAGGAGUAUGAUCUACCAAGUGGACUCUUCCCUAAAGAUGCAACAAACUAUGAGUUCAAUCCAGAGACAGGAAAACUAGUUGUUAACAUUCCUCAAGUAUGUGAGGUCGGUUACAGGGAUCAAACAGUCGUGCGAUUCUCCACCACGGUGACUGGUCAACUUGGAAAAGGAAAACUAGCCGAGAUAGAGGGAAUGAAGACAAAAGUAAUUAUCUGGGUUAAGCUUACCAUGGUUUGGACCGACGAAUCGAAACUCUACGUGAGUGCUGGCAUAAAGAGAACAAGGAGUAGAGAGGCAUAUGAGGUUAUAAGAAAUGGUAUUUGUGUAGAUAGGUUCUGAGAUAGUGAGACACUAGUUUACUAAAAGGGUUGAGAUUAUGUAAAAGAAAAAAAAAACAUGGUAUGUUUGUUCUUGAGGAUCAUCUUGAUUUUCUUUUACAUAGAUUUUUAUUGGAA